UGCUUACCAUACAUUUCAGUCGAGGAUCCCAAUGCCGAAUUUCAGCGUAUUCGAGAUUUUAUUGAUUGUAAACGCUGUAUAGAAUUACCCGAGUGCUUAAUUCAUCUCAAACCUGGACAAACUCAAGAUGCUUCCAGGUCAAUUGAUUUAUUACUUCAAAAUGGAUCGAAUAGGACUGGAAGAUGGCCUGUCUCGAGUUCCCUUAAUAUGGAUCAGUUUCGAACCUGUGCUCGAAAGAAGCUAAAAAUUAAUAAGAGGCAAUCUCGUCGCGUGUACGAUAUUUUGCGGUUAUUCUUUGCUAAUCGUUCUGACGAGUCAGUUAUUGAAUUCUACAGGAAAGCCCUUGUACUAAGAACUGAAAAAAUGUAUCAGCGAUUUCGGCCAGAUGGGCUACACAGGCUGGGCAUUGUGCCUUCUGCUCCAAUCGAACAACCAUCGCCCUUUCUUCGUGCGUCCGAUGAGCAAUUCCAGUCGCAAAUAUUCCAGGAGGUUGAUGAGCUCAUGCAAGAUUAUUCUUACAUUGUGAAGAAACUUGAUAAGGCUGUCUCUUCUGGAAGAAUAAAAAUUGAUUAG